ACGGACGUCCGCAAAUUUCAAAAUCUGCGGAUUUGCAACGUCAGCCGUUGGAUCUGCUUAAAUGAAGCUCUACGACCAUGAUUAAAACAAGAAGGCAUGGGUCAUAUGGGUUGGAGAUUAAAAUGGAUCCGACCCUGCAAAGGUUUGAGUUGAAUCUCGAUUCUUCUCAAGUUGUCUUCAGUCCUUCAAGCCCACCCCAACUCCCAGUUCUUCAGUUACUUCAAGGUUGCUGCGUACUGAAGAGCUUCACUCCUUCAAUCCUUCAAGCCCACCCAGAGUCCCGACCAAGCAACCAGGUGACCACGAUCGUCGAGCAAGGAGCAAGGUGCUGCAUUCCUUUCUCUUCUUCUCUCAGAGUCUUAGAGAUCGAAGGCUCCUUCUCUUCUACUCUUCUUCUUCUUUGGGGCAAUCAAUUGAAUGUAGUGGUCUGGAACAUGCUCUCUUGCUUACAAUUUAUUGUGGGUUUCUCCUUCUCUUUCCUCCAAUUCGAUGUGAGCAACUGACUCAACUGAGGACUGAGCCACUGAGGAACAAUGGUUUCGAAUUUAUUGGUUGUCUUGCUCUGUUCCUGUGUACUGGCAUUCUUCCUGAAUUACUGUAUAUUUCUUAAUACGACACUAAAUUCAGCACUAACGCAGACAAUUUGCGGUAACUUGAAGGAUUUCUUUACCAUUGGACUUGGCUGGGUGAUAUUUGGUGGCCUUCCAUUUGAUAUUUUGAAUGUCAUUGGGCAAUGUCUCGGUUUUCUUGGUUCUGGAUUGUACGCAUACAAUAAGCUCAUAGGGAAGUAGCAUAAUCAAUGGAUGGCUAGUUUUCUCCAUUGAAGAUGAUUAGUUGCUGCCUUUGCCCCUGUUCCCGCUCCAAUUUUGGGUUUGUGAUUAUGGAUCUUAGAAGGGAGAGGCGACUGUUAAAGAUAGGAGAUUUCUGCUCAGUGGAUACACAACUAUUAACUGGAAACAAAGCCUGCUUCUUUGGCCUUGUAGUUAUUCUUCUACAGGAUAGGUAUUAGAUUAGAAACAGUGAUGGCAAUUUAGUGUUAGCAGCUGCUUGCUGAUCUAAUUUGUUAGACUUGACAUUGUAUAUGAUGAUUCUCUCUCUUCCAAUGUUUCCAGACACAUUAUAUGCUCAAAUUUUGAAGAGAUGAAGUUUUGGAUAAAAGUAUA